AGUUGUCUUUUUUCAAUAAUUACAGCUGAUAUUGAACAGGCAGACUGGGGCCGAAAAUGCAUCGAGAUUGCAGAAAAUGAAAUGCCUGGUUUGAUGCAGUUGAGGAAAAAAUACGGACCUUCACAGCCUUUGAAGGGAGCGCGUAUUGCUGGAUGUCUACACAUGACAACACAGACAGCCGUCCUCAUUGAAACUCUCACAGCUCUUGGUGCAACGGUUCAAUGGUCAAGUUGCAACAUUUUCUCCACCCAAGAUUUUGCAGCCGCUGCCAUUGCUAAAACUGGCGUACCAGUCUACGCAUGGAAGGGCGAGACUGAUGAGGAAUACAUGUGGUGUAUUGAGCAGACACUUGUAUUCAAUGAUGGUAAACCUCUAAACAUGAUCCUUGAUGAUGGUGGAGAUCUCACAAACCUUGUACAUGAAAAAUACCCACAGUAUCUUAAAGAUAUCAAGGGAUUGUCAGAGGAGACAACAACUGGUGUACAUAAUCUCUACAAAAUGAUGAAGGAUGGUAAAUUGAAGGUUCCAGCUAUUAAUGUCAACGAUUCUGUCACAAAGAGUAAGUUUGACAAUUUGUAUGGAUGUCGUGAAUCCCUUGUCGAUGGUAUUAAACGUGCCACAGAUGUUAUGCUGGCUGGUAAAGUUGCCGUUGUCGCCGGUUACGGAGAUGUCGGUAAAGGCUCCGCACAGGCUCUCCGUGCUUUUGGUGCACGUGUGAUCAUCACAGAAAUCGAUCCCAUCAAUGCUCUGCAAGCUGCUAUGGAAGGUUAUGAAGUAACAACCAUUCAAGAUGCCAUCACUAGAGCCCGUAUUUUUGUAACGGCUAGCGGUUGCAAGGACAUCAUUAUGGGCAAAAUGUUUGAACAAAUGUUGGAAGAUUCUAUUGUGUGUAAUGUUGGACAUUUUGAUUGUGAAUUAGAUAUUAAGUGGCUUAAUGAAAAUUGCGAGAAAAAAGAACAGAUCAAACCACAGGUGGACCGAUACACACUCAAGAAUGGUCGUCAUAUCAUCGUGUUAGCUGAAGGACGUCUCGUAAAUUUGGGUUGUGCCCACGGUCACCCUAGCUUUGUAAUGAGCAACUCCUUCACCAAUCAAGUAUUAGCUCAGAUCGAACUUUGGACCAAGUCAGACCAGUACAAAUUAGAUGUACAUAUGUUGCCCAAAAAGUUGGAUGAAGAAGUUGCUCUUGCUCAUUUGGAUCAUCUUGGAGUUAACUUGACCAAACUGUCUGACGACCAGGCUUCAUACCUCGGUAUUCCAAAGGAGGGACCAUUCAAGGCCGACUUCUACAGAUACUAGACAUUCUGAAAUAAUUAUUGCAACCUUGGUUAUACAAGGGAGUAAAAAACAACAGCUGUCCUGAAAAAAAAUCGAAGUGACCGUUUCUGGAAGCUGGAAUUGUGAAAAUAUUUUGAAAAUAUUAAAUGAGGGAAUUAUUUGCACCUUAUAUAACAUAUUACACACAAAAAUACAUCAUGAUAAUCUGAUAUUUGACAAAAUUUGCUUGGUGAAAAUGUUUUUAGAAAAAAUAUGGAUAUUAAUUUAACAAUCUGUAAUUUGGCUAUAGCAAGUCCAUAUUCUGAUUAAAUAUGAAUAAAUAGAACAUUACAUGUUUUCUUACAUAUUUUGUGUGUGCAAUAUUACAAUUUUACUUACAGGCUUAUGAGAAUUUUUGGUCAAUGUCCUAUUAAAGCUGAUCUCAUGGACAAAGAAAUGUAAUGUUUACUUAAAAAAAAAUCAUAAUUUUAUUAUCUAGUUGUGUAGCAUCAAUCUGUUGAACACAAAUUUUGAUUAAGAUCAUUAAAAACUUGAUGAAAUAUAUAAUGUACAUGUAUUUAAAUUCAAAGAUUUACAUUUUAACAAAAAUCUUUGUUAACAUUGUUGUUGUUAAGAUGAAAUCCAUUUAGGGAAAUAAAAAAAAAGCACAAAAAACCCA